CUUCUCAACCCCUUCCUCACAGCUCGGCUCGCUGUCCCUCCCGGCGCCUGGUCUCCUACGCUGAGCUCUGCCUCGCCCCACCCCUCUUUGCUCCUCCUCCUCAGCCCUGCCCUCCUCUCUCCUGCCUCUUCCGCAAGCCCCUCUCUUGCCAUGCCCGUCUCUCCGCCGUCCUCACGGUCCUCCACUCCAUCCGUACUCUUCCCGCCUAAGGGUCACUUUCUGCUCUGUGCACGGCGUUCUCUCUGCCAGCUCAGCCUCCUCAGCACACGCCUUCUGGCCCUGGCUCGCGCAUCUCUGAUCUCUCAGGGACCGCGUUGGGGCCUUCUGGCACCAUGACAACCAUGGAUGAUAAGCUGCUGGGGGAGAAGCUGCAGUAUUACUACAGCACCAGCGAGGAUGAGGACAGUGACCACGAAGACGGAGACAGAGGCAGCGGAGCCCCAGCCAGCAGCUCCAUACCUGUGGAGGCUGAGCUGGCCGGCGAAGGCAUUUCAAUCAAUACAGGUCCAAAAGGUGUGAUCAAUGACUGGCGCCGCUUCAAGCAGCUGGAGACAGAGCAGAGGGAGGAGCAGUGCCGGGAGAUGGAGCGGCUGAUCAAAAAGCUGUCUAUGACGUGCAGGUCCAGUCUAGACGAAGAAGAGGAGCAAAAGAAACAGAAGGACCUCCAAGAGAAAAUCAGUGGGAAGAUGACUCUGACGGAGUUUGCUACAGUGGACAAGAACCUGGAUGACGAAGAGUUUCUGCAGCAGUACCGGAAACAGCGAAUGGAAGAGAUGCGGCAGCAGUUUCAGAAAGGGCCCCAGUUCAAGCAAGUUUUUGAGAUCCCCAGUGGAGAAGGAUUUUUAGACAUGAUUGAUAAAGAACAAAAAAGCACCCUUAUCAUGGUUCAUAUUUAUGAAGAUGGCAUCCCAGGGACCGAAGCCAUGAAUGGCUGCAUGAUCUGCCUUGCCACAGAGUACCCGGCUGUCAAAUUCUGCCGGGUGAGGAGCUCGGUUAUUGGGGCCAGCAGUCGUUUUACCCGGAAUGCCCUUCCUGCUCUCCUCAUCUACAAGGCGGGUGAAUUGAUUGGCAAUUUUGUUCGUGUCACUGACCAGCUGGGGGAAGAUUUCUUUGCUGUAGACCUUGAAGCUUUCCUACAGGAAUUUGGAUUACUCCCAGAAAAGGAAGUCUUGGUGCUGACAUCUGUGCGAAACUCUGCCACCUGUCAUAGUGAAGACAGCGAUCUGGAAAUAGAUUGAACUGAUAAGCUAAUUCCAUAGCUAUCUCAUUGUUUGGGCUGGAGGACUCAUGUCGGUAUUUAUUUCUGUCCUUCCUGCAUCUUCUGGCUUUACAGCUGUCCUUCGUAGUCUCAUUUAGUAUACGGAAAGUCAAGAAAUUCUCAGACUGAAUCAGAGUGCUGACUCACUUUGUGGCUAGCAGUAAAGUGACUUCAGAUUGUAUAAGCAGGAAGCUAGACUCUUGAGCUGUUUACUUCUCUAGCGUGACAUCUCUGAUACUGUUUCUAGUCAAUAUUGACAGGGCACUCUUGAAGGCAAUGUCUUGAAAAUUGGCUUCUGAUGACCUCAGAAUUUUACCAGGUCUGAGAGUAGAAUUCCCUAGUGAGUGUUGUGUGCAAUAUAAAUAGUGCAUUUCCACAAUCACUUGAUUGAAAAUCAUGUUUACUCGUAAUCAGAUUCAGCUCUACUUUUUUCCCUCUAGAUCCCUCUCUACCAGGUCUGACUUAGAGGCUCUGUACAAGGUUGGGAAUGUGGCACAGUGGUGAACAUUUACCUAGCAUAUAUAGGGCCCCAAGAUAUCUGACUCCCAGCACUGUCAAAAGGGACAAACACAAGGUUUCAGGUGCCUGGUGCUGUCAUUGGCCGUGGCCUCUGCCGAGGGAGCAGUGAUCCGAUUAGCAUGGUGAAGUAUGAGCAGGAAGAAUGGCCUUUGCCAACUGCUCCUAUGAUGCUGGAAGGCAAGUGUCCUGUUGACUGACACUGGUGUGGGUAAGAGGACCUUUCUGUGCUCAUCAGCAUCUGUUCCUGUUACUUAAGAUAACUUCUUGUUUAACCUAGAUUUUUUUUAAAGCUUUUUUUUUGCAUAUUAGAAAAAAUUCAUAUUUAGUAGAGGAAAAUUGGCCAAAAUACCAAUGCAGAAAUGGCUUAAAAUGUAUAUGUACAAUUCUACCACCUGAACACUAGGCUUUGGUAUAUUUCAUAUGUAGGUGUUUUUUAUGUACUCAAAGGCUUUUGUUUGUUUUUAAAUGACAUUGGGAUCAUUUUGAGCAUACUGUCUGAUCUGUGGUCAGCUACUAACAUCAAAAUUUCUUUCAUAUUAGUAAAUGUUUUCUGUAACAUUUUAAUAGUCCAUUGAUACAUAUACUGAAUCUGCUUGGCAGUUAUUUUUUAGGAAGUUGGCCAACAUUUUUUAUUAUUAUGAAAGCAACAUGUUCAUUGUAGAACAUAUAAUAAAAAUUAAGCUAAAUAGAUACUUAAAAGCCAUAAAAUUUUACUAGUAAUAAUUCCUGUCAUCAUUUUUAUAGAUCUUUUUCUAGCUUUAUGUAUAUGUAUGUAUUUAUAAAAUUCAUUGUCAUUCAAGUUUUUGUUUCCUUUUGAUUGUUUCUUAAAUUAUAUGUCCUAGUAUCAGGGAAAUGAAAUGUAACCAGGAAGUAAAAUUAGCUUUAGUAUUCACAGUUGAGUUUUUAUGUUGCUCAGAAGCUAACUGUAAAUGAGUCUUGAACGUACCUGUUAGAUUUAAUCAACAAAAACAGAGUGUGUUGUUUUGCUGACUAAGGAGCUCAUUGUAGAAGUCAAGAAAACAUUAGGAACAGAGAUGACUGAUGUCAGUGUUCUAGUUUCUUUCUAGUCUUUUUUUUUUAGUAUUUUAAAUAACAUUGACAGUUACAGAAUUCUGUAUUCUACCUUAUAAAUAGUACAUACUAAAAUACUUUGAUAUAUUGUAAAAGCUUGGAAUAAAUCAGUGGCUUUAUGAUUCACUGUUUGAAUAAACCAUACUGUUUUGAGCCA